UAAUGAUAAUUGUAGAACAUGUGAAAGCGGAAUAGUUGACAAUUAAUGCGCUUCGUGUAAUAAUCCUAUGGUUCUUUUAAGAAAUAAGAAAUGUGCAAAUGCCGAUGAAGAAGUCGAUGUUGAUGUCAAUGUUGAUGUCGAUGUCGAUGCCAAUGCCAAAUAAUGUAGUAGUAAAUAAUAUUUGGAUGUAAAUCAAAUUUGCUAAUAAUGUGAUCCUUCGUGUAACUCUUGUUCAAAUUCUAAUACAUGUAAUACUUGUGUUGAAGGUAGAUAUUUUGUAAUAAGUACUUUAAAAUGUGAAUUAUGUGACUUAAAUUGUAAGACAUGCAUAGAAAAGGACAAAUGCUAAUCUUGUGCAUAGAAUUAUUUUUUAAACUAAAAUAAAUAAUGUAUAUAAGAAUGUGAUAAAUAAAAGUUUCGAGAUUCUAAUGGAAUUUGUUAACCAUGUCCUUCUAAUUGUUUAAAUUGUAAAUAAUCUAAUGAAUGUACAAGAUGUUUUUAGGGAUUUUAUUUAUCUAAUAGACUCUGCAUUAAAGAAGUUGUUUGCUCUGGAAAUACUUAUUUUGAAUAAAAUUAAUGUAAAACAGAAUGUUCUAAAAAAAAAUUUAAAAAUUCGAUGAAUAAUAGAUGUGAUUCUUGCCAUGUUACAUGCAAAAAAUGCACAGAAGCAAAUAAAUGUUUAGAAUGCGAAUAUGGACUUAUUUUGAAUGAUGAUGGUAAAUGUAUGUAAUAUGAAUAAGAAACACAUGCUACUAGUAAGUUAAUAUUUAAAAUAUAUCUCGUAAUUACUAUAUAUACAUUCAUAGCGUGUAUAAUUUGCCAUUUCUUAGAUAAUAGGUCAAAAAAUUUAGGAGAAACAGAAUGUAAACCCAAAUAAGCAAAAACUUAAACAAAAAACGUAGAAAAUCAGGUUGUGGUAGAAGACAUAAUAAGUAAUGAAAACAAAAGGUAAAGUUCCAAAUAAGAAAUUCAAAAAGCAAAUUAAAUAGACUAAUAAAAAUUAGCAGUAAAUGCUAAAGGGAAUAAUUUUAAAAUUGAAAUGAAUUUAAGAAAAAAAAAUUAUUUAAAUAAUUAAACUUAAAUGAGUCCUAUUA